AUGGCUUCCGGGAGCGAUGCUUCCAGCGACGUCUCCGCGGGGUCCACCGGGUCUGAGAAGCCAGGCCCAAGCCGCAGUGGUGUUCGGGGUCUGCGCCGCCACCCCCCAAUGCUGCGCAUGGUCCUAGAGGCUCUGCAGGCCAGGGAGCGGCGCCAGGGCACCUCAGUGGCCGCCAUCAAGCUGUACAUCCUGCAGAAGUACCCCACGGUGGACGUGGUGCGGCUCAAGUACCUGCUGAAGCAGGCGCUGGCCAAGGGGAUCCACCGCGGCCUCCUCGUCAGGCCCAUCAACUCCAAGGCCAGGGGUGCCACCGGCAGCUUCAAGUUAGUUCCCCAGAAAAAAAGGAAAACCAAGCCCAGGAAGACAUCCGCCAUGAUGGCCCUCAGUAAACCUGCAGGGAAGGGCCACAAGAAACCAAGUGAGGCAAAGAAGGAGGCUCCCAAGCCAGGCCAGGUGAAAAAGGUCCCCAAGAAGCCAGGGGAGGUGAAGAAGGCUCCCACGAAACCGGGGGCAGCCAAGGAGAAGGCCCUCAAGAAAGGCCGCGAGGUCAAGGUGGCAAAACUGGGCGAGGCCAAGAAGGGCCCCCCCAAACCAGACAAGGCCACGAAGGCCGCUCCCGGUGCUGCUGGGCUCGGGGGGAAGGCGAAGGCCAAAGGCAGCGGCCAAGAUGCUGAGGCCCACAGGAAAACAAAGGCUGGGAGUAAGAGUUCCAAAGCCUCGGCCACCAAGGGCAAGAAUGGUGCUACUUCCCCAGCCAAAAAGAAAAUGGCGGCCGUGGCCAAGGUCCCUAAAGGGGCAGCUGCCCCAGGGCCUGAGGAGGAGCCAAAAGCCAGGGCAGCCGCUCCUCCCAAGGGCAAGGGUGGCAGUGGGUCCAAGACAGCGCCUGCAGGCCUGGUCAGCAAGACGGAGGCCCCCAAGGGCCCAAGCAGGCCUGGGCUGCCCACCAAGUCCCUAUCGUCCAAGGUGCCCACCAAGAAGGCAGGUGCCAGGAGUUAG